AUGACAGAAAUGCUGAACAGCUUUAACUUGCAGCUACAAGGCCAGGGGAGACUCAUUUGCGACAUGUAUUCCCACAUAAAAGCAUUUGAGGUGAAAAUAGAGCUGCUUUUGGGACAAGUGAAAAAGCACAGCUUCAUCCAUCUCCCUGUUACGCAAAACCUCUCUGCAGAGAACCCAGCGGUCCCGUUUCCAGCUGAAAAGUGUGUGGAAGCACUGGAAAUGCUGAAGGCGGAGUUCGGUGUGCGAUUCCGUGAACUACAUGUUUAUGCAAAAGAAAUCCGUCUUUUCCAUAACCCCUUUGUUGCCGACAUUGAUAAAGCCCAGCCUUCUUAUCAGUUUGAGUUGGCCGAGUUACAGAACUGUGAUGUUCUGAAAGACGCGUUCAAGCCCGACAGUCUCACUGACUUCUAUGCCGCCCUCUCAAACGGCACGUACACUAACAUCAGAAAACACGCAAUGAAGAUGUCCAUACUUUUUGGCAGCACGUAUAUCUGCAAGCAAAACUUUUCACGCAUGAAACUGCUGAAAACUCCAAUGAGAUCAAGAUUGACAGAUAAACAUCUGCAUCAGUGUUUGACAGUGACUAGAAUGGAACUUGACAUUCAACUUUUCACCAGCCAGAUGCAGUUUCACAGUUCACACUGGUGA